AUGUCCGACACUAUCCCGGCGCUUCUCAUCAUCCUUAUCACAAUCCUGUGCCCUCCGGUGGGAGUCUACCUGGUCGCAGGCUGCGGCGCCGACCUCUUCGUCAACAUUUGCCUUACACUCCUUGGCUACCUCCCGGGCCACAUCCACGCCUUCUACAUUGAAUAUGUAUAUUUCGAUAGGAGGGAUAGGGCCAGACACGGACAAUUGACAGGCCGUCACGCCCCAGGAGUGUAUAGUGAGAGAGUGCAGCACGGAGGGGCCGUGGGGUACGGGACAAUUUAG